AUGAUCACAACAACAACUCCAACAGCAGGCAGCGCAUCGCCCGCGCACGCCCCUCUCUGCCCCUCUCCGCUGCACAUACAGAAGAAGCCACGGAAAGCGACGUUCCGCCAGCGCAUAUUCCGUAAGUCGACACACAGCUACGACGGCGACCCGUUCGACUCGUCUGUCCUGGACUGGACGUGCCCACUCAAGGCGCCCUUGUUGUGGGCCACAACACCGCUAUCCGUCAGCCGUACGCCGAGUGAGCACCCUUUGACGAUACGCAAGAACAGGAACAGCCGCUCGUCAGCUUCUGGCUCGAGCUCUGGAUAUGCCAUGGCGUUUUCGCGCUCCUGCAGUCAGGACGAGGCUGCCGAUGCGCCAUGGACUGAGCGCGUCAGCGCGCAACAGGCUCUGCAGGGCGUGAUUCACAGCAUGGACGGCCACAGUGAAGCCCCGAAGCGCCGCAAGUCGAGUAAGUUGCGGCUCUUUACGAAUAGUCUGCCGCUUUUGCGCCGCCAGGGUACUGGAGAUACCAAUGCCACCGCCGGCGAUACUUCCGACAUGCCCUCGUCAACGGUCGUCACAGCGCUUGCGGCCCACGACCAAAAUGACCAAGUAUCGGAUCCAAAGGACCUAAAUGAAGAUAGUGUCAUGGCCUAUCUGGCAAAAAACGCUCGCAACGGAGACAAGUUCAAGUCAUUCAUGAAUCAUUUUACAAAGCACAUCCCUCCACCGACGGACCAUGACAGGGAGGUGCCGGGUACAUGCAUGUCAGACUCGUCCCUCGUUCUGCCGACUACCCUACGCGCAGCGGUUAAGCUCUUUCCGGAAGUCAAGCUUCUUACAGAAGACGUGCAAGAAAUCACCGUCGCCGUGGACAUUGAAGGCGUGCUGCACAAUCGGCGGCCUCUUGCAGAUAGCGCAAUAGAUGUCGUCUUUCUGGUAGACAACAGCUACUACGUGACGGAAGCUUGCCUCGAACAGUCGCUACAAGUCGUCAACGGAGCCCUGUCUGGUACUCAAGUUUGGGAUCCGCCUCGCCCUAACCCAUCCAUGACUGAUGUCAUCCUUGGCAUAGCUAGAGCCCUCGAGGUUGAGCAUCUCAAGGCUGGGCGUACCCACAUCAUCGUCUUGUCACCAGCAGCUCACGUGCUUCACGACGUCUCAAGAUGGUUUCCGGAUCUAUACCUUCAUCGAGUUAACCCCGCGGUUCUUCCGUAUUGCCGCGAACCAGAGUUGCAACAUGGCCCCUGCGCCGAUGGCUGCUGCCACAAUGUGUUCGCCAGCAACUGGUCCAAGUAUCAGUCGACUGCAAAUCGCAUCAAGCGCAUUGUGCAGAAUGCUCGGUGCGCCAGGCCCGUGGGUGAGCUGACGAGGUUGAGCGUCGACGUGCGAACCAGGGCAGGCUGCGAGCUCGUCGAUUGCCAUGGCAGCAAGGAGAUUCCUCGGCUGUACCUGGGACAGGUGCACACGCUAUUUGUUAAGGUUCGCGUCACCAAGGCUGAAGCGUCCAACGUCAACCUUGACUCGCACAAUCCCAUCUUCAACUCGAGCGUAGAUGGCAACGGUCUGAGGCAGGAACUACUAAACUCUGUCCACGUAGGUGCGACAAAGGUCCACGUGCUAGACAUCCAGGUAUUGUAUCACAACUCAAUACAUGAAGCGCAGACGUGGAACUACACGGAGAGCCCGCUGAUCCUCACGAGCGAGCUUGGGGGCUUGGCCCCGCCCAAAGACACAUCAUUGGAGGUGUACAAGCGUCAGUACUUUUACGACCUCAGCCGGGUUUCAUGCCAUGAAGCCAAAGUCGCAGCUCAAGGUAUGCUUGACGGGCUUGGUGCAGGCAAUGAAGAAGCCAAGAAGCUGGUUGAGCGCAUGGCCAAGGAGAUUGAGUGUCAUGUGGCGAUUCGUGAGUAUGAGAAGAAAUGCCGACAGAAGCUUCCGCUGUGCCCUGGCCCUAUCGAGAUUGAGACAUCGCACCAGUGGCUUAUCGAAAUAUGGAGCCGCAGGACGAGCAAGUGCGACUGCAUCGACGCGUCGGAGCGUCUUGGCUGA